AUGGAAGACAGAGGUCGCUACAUUUGCAUGGCGGAAAACGAAGCCGGGGUCGAGCAGGAAGAGGUCUUCUUGGACGUGAUUGCCCCUCCUUCAAUCAAUCAGUCCGACUGGUCUGGAGUGGACAUCCUGGCGAUUUCUGGACAGAACACCUCUUUACGGUGCCCGGCCAUCGGCAGCCCGCCUCCUGAGAUAGAGUGGCUCCGUGACGGACGGUUAGUCCAGCGGGCCGACGCCGCCGCUGCGGAAGAAGAGGAAGCGUUCAGGCCAGCGUCCAGGUUGCAGGUAGACGGCGCACACGGGGAAGUCUUGAAGAUACUCAGUGUCCGAGUGGAAGACGCCGGCGAGUAUCUUUGCCUGGCGAGGAACGAGGGCGGUACCGUGGAUAUGAAAUACAAGCUUGAAAUAGUCGUGCCGCCAUACUUUCCGGAAGAUCAUCCAGAGUUUCCGGCGAGCACCCGGGUCGUGCUGUCGAACCAUCCGUUCUCGUUGACGUGCGACGUGGUGGGCGUGCCUUUCCCCACGUUUACGUGGAACAAAGAGGGCGUGCCGUUGCCUCGUGAUACCCUGACCAGUGUGAGGGCCAACCGACUGCACGUGUCGUCGGCCAAAGAACACCACUCGGGCUUGUAUCAUUGCGAGGCCAGCAAUGUGGCCGGAUCUGCGCAGCAGAGCUACAAUGUCACCAUUUUGGGCACUUCAACGACAGACAUCAGUUUCGGACUGAGCGUUUCCUAUAUUUGCUAUAUCUAA